GCUCCUCCGAGUCUUAUCGCGUAUCUUGUAUGUACAGCACGACCGAGCAUCUCCGCAUUCUCCAAAGGCCUGAUUGAGGGCCGAAUGGUCGUUGAAAUCCGUGGUUCAUAUAACAGGUCUUGCAAACCUACAGGAUUACUUGUGUCGAUAUUGACCGUCGACCAUCCCUGCAUGACACUGACAAUUCAGAGAAAGGACGAAGACUCAUAAUGGCUCCAGACUCAAAGCCACAGGCCAGCGUGCACACUAUCGACCCGUAUCGCCUGUUCGACUCACGCCCGGUCUUCUCGCAUGUCGCAACGUCAACAGGCCCAACCCGUAUCGUCGCAACAGCUGGCCAAGUCGGCGCCGACGAGCAUGGCAAAGUCCCCAAGGAUAUCGACGAGCAAAUUGAUCUGGCUAUGAGAAAUCUAGGCCGGUGCCUCGAAGCCGCUGGCGCUACACCAGCAGACGUCUUCAAGCUGGUCUACUAUAUCGUCGACUACGACCCGAAUAACCGCCGACACACCAAGCAUGUGAAAGCAUUCCUGAAUGGUCACCGCCCAGCGACGACAUUGGUUCCGGUGCCUGCAUUGGCGGCUCCCGACUAUAAGUUCGAGAUCGAAGCCUAUGCUGCAGUCAGACAGGAGCCGCUCCGAAGCGUGGAGGUGGUCGUUGUUGGUGGUGGUCUAAGUGGUUUAAAGACUGCGUACGACCUGCAACGAGCCGGCGUUUCUUGCGUCGUUGUAGAAGCUCGCGACCGCGUUGGAGGCAAGACGUGGUCCGUCGAUCCAACUGGGCAAGGCAAGUUCGUGGAUGUGGGCGCUGCAUGGAUCAACGACACGAAUCAGUCCAAGAUCUAUGAGCUCGCCAAAUUUCUUAAGCUGGAAAUGGUCAUGCAGAAAACGGAUGGCAACAUCAUCCAGGAAGAUCUCGGCGGCGGACUGGGUGUGUUCGAGUACGGUGGCACACCCAAGGCUCUGGCCGAGAAGGAUGGUGUUGAGAGUAUGGUGUUCAUCCGCGAAUUGUUUGAGAAGCUAUGUCAGGAGUUGGAUAUCGUAGAUCCUGUCGGUACCGGUGGUCAGUUCGACAAGAUGACCUUGGAAGAGUGGUGCAAGAAAGAGACGAAGUCGGAAACGGCGUUUGCAACCGUGACGUUGUGGACGAGAGCGAUGCUGGGUCUGGAGCCCAGGGAGAUGAGUGCUCUUUACUUCCUGAACUAUUGCAAGAGUGGUGGUGGGUUGUUGCAGAUGCGGUCGGAUUUCAAGCAUGGCGGACAGCACCUCAGGUUCAUCAGGGGCACUCAAUCAAUGUCAAUCGAAUUGGCAAAAUUGUUGACACCAGGCACAGUCAUCCUCAACUCACCUGUUCGCCACAUCUCGCAAUCUCCUGAAGGAAUAUAUGUCUCUGCAGGUCGGGGAGACUUCAAGUGUCAGCGGGUAGUCGUUUCAGUGCCAACACCCCUGUACAAAGACAUCACAUUCGACCCACCUUUGCCCGAAGCCAAGGUCGAAAUUGGCCAGAACAACGUUCUUGGAUACACAUUGAAGGUAUUGGUGUUGUACAAGGAACCUUGGUGGCGCAAAGCCGGACUAGUCGGAGCCGUCAUGUCGUUCGUUGGGCCAAUUACCACUUGCCGCGACACAAGCAACGACGAGAAGGGUGAAUAUUCUUUGACGUGCUUCACCAACGGCGACUUUGGGCGGAAGAUGUCCCUUCUUCCGCAACAAGAGAGGCACAACAACAUUCUGGCGCACAUCAAACGUAUGUUUGGGAAAUAUGCUGAUGUGCAAGAUCCAAUUGCCAUCACGGAGCAUGAGUGGUCCAAGGAUCAGUGGGCACAAGGCUGUCCUUGUCCUGCAUCGCCGCCGGGAAUCAUGACCAAGUACGACAAGGAGCUCAGGACAACCCAUGGAAAGGUGCAUUUUGUCGGGACAGAAACUGCAUAUGAAUGGAAGGGGUAUAUGGACGGUGCAGUGAGAUCUGGCGAAAGGGGUGCAAAGGAGAUUAUUGCUGCUCUGGGGCGGGCUAAGUUGUAGAUAGCAGCACUAGAACCGACCUACCGGAGGCACAUCCCUUAGUUCUCAGCCUCGCAACAAUUUUAUCAACAGC